AUGUCAACAAAUGACGUGGGUACGAUGCAGAUUAUCUUCACAGGUUCAAUGCAGAUUGAGUCAGGACAGAUUCUUCAUGGUGUGGUGCACAAGGUGUACACAUAUGGGGUCUACUUGAGGUGUGGUCCGGUAAAGAAUGUUUACAUCUCCUACAUGAAGAUGCUAGAUUACAAAUUUGUUCCAGGAAAGAACCCGAUCUUCAUGAAUGAGAAAAUGUCAAGGAUUCAGGAAGGGACUACAGUUAGAUUUAUGGUGAUCACGACGAAGUGGAUGGAAGCACAGAGGGAGUUACAUACAUUGGGUACCCUUGAAGGGGAAAUUAUCUUCAGGGGUUCAAUGCAGAUUGAGUCAGGACAGAUUCUUCAUGGUGUGGUGCACAAGGUGUACAAAUAUGGUAUCUACUUGAGGUGUGGUCCGGAAGGGACUAUGGUUAGAUUUAUGGUGAUCACGACGAAGUGGAUGGAAGCACAGAGGGAGUUACAUACAUUGGGUACCCUUGAAGGGGACUUCCUUGGACCAAUCUCCGAAGGGUUUUCAGGAAAUCGCUCACGCCUAUAA